CUCGCGCCGCUCGCGGCGUUCGAGACGCACUCGCGGCGCGUGUCGCGCGUCCUCGGGCGGAACCCGGGCGCGUUCACGCUCCAGGGCACGAACUGCUACGUCGUCGGCUGCGGGCCGCGGCGCGUGCUCGUCGACGCGGGCGAGGGCCGGCCCGCGUUCGGCCCCGCGCUCGCCGCCGCGCUGCGCGCGCUCGACUGCACCGUGGACCGCGUCGUCAUCACGCACCGCCACUUCGACCACACGGGCGGCAUCGCGCAGAUCCGGGACAUGCUGCCGGGCGUCACGGUGCGGAAGCUCGCGAAGCGCGAGUUCAAGUUCGACCCGGGCCGCUACAACGCGCCGCCCGGCACGACGCUGCGCGUCUGGCACACGCCGGGCCACUGCGAGGACCACGCGUGCUUCCUGCUCGAGGAGGAGCGGGCCAUCUUCUCGGGCGACAACGUGCUCGGCGCGGGCUCGUCCUGGUUCGAGGACCUCGCGACCUACAUGCGCACGCUCAACGACAUGCUGCGGCUCGCGGAGGGCGAGAAGCUCGUCGCGCUCUACCCGGGCCACGGCCCGCCGAGCGCGGACCCGGCGGCGAAGAUCCGGGAGUACGUCGACCACCGCGGCGCGCGCGAGGGCCAGGUCCGCGCCGCGCUCGACGACGCCGGCCGCACGUCGCUGGAGAUCGUCCUCGCCAUCUACCCGAAGCUGCCGCCCUACCUGACCUUCGCCGCGCAGCACAACGUCCUCGCGCACCUCGCGAAGCUGCGCGCGGACGGC